GAGCUGCUCGAGAGAGGAUCCAAAGCCCUAGGUCUCAUCUGAGUGUGUCUUCAGCAGGCCGCCCCCCACGUGAAAGCGGAGGUUGGAAACUCCAUGCUGCUGGCAGGCCACAUCUUUAUCCUGCUAGGGGGGAUCUACCUCCUCGUGGGCCAGCUGUGGUACUUCUGGCGGCGCCACCUGUUCAUCUGGAUGUCGUUCAUAGACAGCUACUUUGAAAUCCUCUUCCUGUUCCAGUCCCUGCUCACAGUGCUGUCCCAGGUGCUGUGUUUCCUGGCCAUCGAGUGGUACCUGCCCCUGCUUGUGUCUGCGCUGGUGCUGGGCUGGCUGAACCUGCUUUACUAUACACGUGGCUUCCAGCACACAGGCAUCUACAGUGUCAUGAUCCAGAAGGUCAUCCUGCGGGACCUGCUGCGCUUCCUUCUGAUCUACUUAGUCUUCCUUUUCGGCUUCGCUGUAGCCCUGGUGAGCCUGAGCCAGGAGGCUUGGCGUUCUGAAGCUCCUACAGGCCCCAAUGCCACAGAGUCGGUGCAGCCCAUGGAGGGACAGGAGGAUGAGGGCAACAGGGCUCUGUACAGGGGUAUCCUGGAAGCCUCCUUGGAGCUCUUCAAAUUCACCAUCGGCAUGGGCGAGCUGGCCUUCCAGGAACAGCUGCACUUCCGUGGCAUGGUGCUGCUGCUGCUGCUGGCCUACGUGCUGCUCACCUACAUCCUGCUGCUCAACAUGCUCAUCGCCCUCAUGAGCGAGACCGUCAACAGUGUCGCCACUGACAGCUGGAGUAUCUGGAAGCUGCAGAAAGCCAUCUCUGUCCUAGAGAUGGAGAAUGGCUAUUGGUGGUGCAGGAAGAAGCAGCAGCGGGCAGGCGUGAUGCUGACCGUCGGCACUAAGCCAGAUGGCAGCGCCGAUGAGCGCUGGUGCUUCAGGGUGGAGGAGGUGAACUGGGCUUCGUGGGAGCAGACGCUGCCUACGCUGUGUGAGGACCCAUCAGGGGCAGCCGUCCCUCGAACUCUCAAGAACCCUGUCCUGGCUUCCCCACCCAAGGAUGAAGAUGGUGCCUCUGAGGAAGACCAUGUGCCCCUCCAGCCUCUCCAGUCCAACUGAUGGCCCAGAUGCAGCAGGAGGCCAGAGGACAGAGCAGGGGAUAUUUCCAGCCACAUCUGCUGGCUCUGGGGUCCCAGUGAAUUCUGGUGACAAAUAUAUAUUUUCACUAACUC